AUGCUGACCACUCAUCAGAAGUGCCUGAUCGGGCUGCUCGUUGAUUUUACCAACCGCAGCGUCUCUCUGCGGUCUCAUCCGCGACUGGUGGAUGAGCACCAGGCGUUUUUCGUCGCCGCUGCUACGGCGCAGGCCAUUUGCGGGAUUGUCGCAGAUCCGGACCAGGAUAUGCGAGCCAUCAGUCUUUUCCAUGAACAACAUCUCGCCCAGGUUGCCCGCUGGAACGAGUGUCAUCCGAUUCCCAGCCCACCGGCUACGUCGGUAUACGAGUUGCUGCAGCCUAUUUGUCGAUCGCAGGCCGAUGCGCCGGCCAUCUGCUCUUGGGAUGGCGAGAUCACGUACGGCGAGCUGGAUAGAUUAACUGGCCAGCUGAUGGCGCAUCUACAGGCGAUGAACGUCAGGCCCAACGCGGUCGUGGCGCUGUGCUUUGAGAAGUCUCUCUGGGCGGUACUCGGCAUGCUGUCUGUCAUCCGGACGGGGGCAGCUUUUGUUUUCCUGGAUCCAUCCCACCCCCCAGCUCAUCGACAGCUACUCCUGUCGCAGGCUCGUCCCGUUUUGAUUUUGACCUCUGCAUCACAGCAACAGCUGCUGUUCGACAACGAUGCACACACCCCAGUUCUCCCCGUCAACCCCACCCUGCUAUCGCAGAUCCCCAGUAAUUCACCCACUGAUGUAUUCAAACCUCCAAACGGGCUGCAUGACCCGGCAUUUUUGGUCUUCACUUCGGGCAGCUCUGAAUGGCCUUUUGACGCGACGUGCAAUCGGAUCUUCCAAUUCGCCCCUUUCGUCUUCGGGACCUCCUACCUGGAGAUCUUCUCCGCCUUGUUGACCGGUGGUGUGCUGUGCAUCGCGUCCGAUCACGAAUGGAAGAACGACCUGAUCGGUUCCAUCAGCCGCAUGCGAACUACCGGGUUGGUCCUCCCACCAUCCCUGGCGAAGAUUACCUCCCCAGACAUGCUCCCCACGGUAAGAAUGCUCGCAGUUGGAGGAGAGCCGUUGGACGCCUCUCUGCUGGACCGAUGGGCAGACCGAGUCCACCUCGUUCAGGCAUACGGCAUGUCCGAAAAUGCCGGCGUCCUCACCUUUCGCUGCGCUGUCACCCGCGACUCCAAUCCCCGGAACGUGGGGCAGAGUUCAAAUUGUCGACUGUGGCUGGUGAGCCCUGAUGACCAUCAUCAACUCGCCCCGGUGGGUGCCGUGGGGGAAUUGCUCUUCGAAGGUCCGGGGAUCGCCCGGAAAUACCUCAGCCACCCCGAGCUGUCAGCAGCAACUUUUGUCGAGUGGCCCGCGUGGCGGCAACAAUUUACCACCUUUUCCGGUAGAGGGCGGCUCCUGAAGACCGGAGACCUCGCACGAUAUAACACCGAUGGUACCAUCAAUCACCUCGGCCGCAAAGAUUCUCAGGUAAAGAUCCGUGGUCAGCGAGUGGAUUUGAAAGAGAUCGAACUGUCAAUGCGGCCUCAGCUCGGUUCAUCCUUUGACAUAUUCGUGGAAUUGGUCUUUCCCAAGAGCAGCACGCCGACGCUGGCCGCCUUUUUAUUCUCCAAGGAUGCCUAUUCACUAGGCCCCAAGUUGGUGGAUGGGCACGGCUUUGCCGCGCUCCCCACUUUCCUUGAAGCCAGGAUACAGCUGAUCAAUUCAUCUUUGCGAAGAAGUCUUCCUGUCUUUAUGGUGCCAACGGUCUAUCUGCUACUGGCGGCCCUACCCACGACCAUAACCGGUAAGGUGGACCGACGAGCAUUAAGGGAGAAAGUCAGUGCAUUGACCCGGGCAGAACUCGACAAGUUGAUGUACGGCCAGCCUUCUGAGAUGGUGCCCCCAUCGACACCAAUGGAGAAACGCCUGGUCCGUCUGAUGGCAGACACUCUGCAGCUCGAAUAUGCCAACAUAGCAGUGAGCGCAAGCUUUUUGAAGUUGGGUGGCGACUCCAUCACCGCGAUGGUUUUUGUGCGCAAGUGCCAAUCAGAACAGGUCGUAGUCACUCUCCAAGAUAUCUUCCAGGCGCCUACUAUUGCAAGUCUUGCACAGAGGGCCCAAGUAAGACUCGACACAAAGAUCGGUGGUUUCGAUCAGAAUUUGCUUUUUGGAUUAACACCCGCUCAGCGGCACAUUCUAUCGGGGGAACUGUCGUCUACUGGGUCGAGUUUAGUCCUUGAGUUACAGCAGCAGCAAAAGAGCAGCCAAGUGGCAGACGCGAUUCAAUCCCUUUUAACCAGACAUCCUACGUUACGAGCCCGAUUUGUGGUGUUGGAAAACGGUGAAGCCCGCCAGAUGGUAAUGGAUGCCGUAGACGGGGUAUUUCACUUUGAAGAGCGCGAGAUCAAGCUGGUCGAGGAUUUGGAAUGCCUACGGGAGACGGGCAUCAGGCUGUUGGAUCCCUACGCAAGCCCAGUCUUCGGCGCUUAUCUGAUUCAACGUGCAGGAGGAAAACAGAUGUUGCUUCUAUUUGCCCAUGACAUGAUUCUGGACAGUCUCUCGUGGCUUGUUCUUCAGAGUGAUCUAGAACAACUACUAUCGGGGAACACACUCCGUGAUGUGCCCAGCUUUCAGAAAUGGUGUGAUCUCAUACAAGAGAGGGUCAAAACAAACGACAUCUUAGAGGAAUUAGCAUCCGAAGGUUGGGCAGGCGGAGACUAUGAUUCAAACAUCCUCAUCCACGAAAGCAAGCAUCUACGUGGACAGACUGCCAUACUGGACAGUGAAACUUGCCAUCUUCUUUUCGGAGAUUGCUGCGAGUCAUUACAAGUCCGACCGUGGCAAAUCGUCCUGGCGGCACUGACUAGGUCAUACAAUCUGGUGUUUUGCGAUCGCAAGCCGCCGUCUAUUGCGGCUCAGAUUAAUGGACGAGACAUAGCCAACCCGUCUCUCGAUUUCUCUCAUGCCGCUGGACGUUUUGAUUCCAUACUUGUUUGCCCAGGCCCCAGGAACCUUGGGCGCCUGAGCAAUUUAGAUCUUGUCCGGCGUAUCAGGGACAGUGCUUGGCUGUCCCUUGUUGAUGAUAUGGCUCGCGCUCUGCCAUCGCUGGCGACCGUCGACAUCUUGCUUCACAAUCUCAUUACAUCCGAUGCAUCAAUGGGUCAACCUGACGGGUCUCAUCCUAAACAUUCUACACCUUAUUCCCGCUGUUCAGGGUUACUGGAGCUUGUCGCGACAGGCACGCAAAACAGCGAACUCCUAAAUCAAUGGUUUUUCCAAUUCCAACAAAACCUCGCUGAGAUAUUAAAUGACUUAAUUAAGGCAAGCACCAUGUUCACACUAGUCAGCUUUCCAUUUCUCCAUCUCAAGUAUGAAGAGUUAAAGCGCCUGGAGACUGAGCACUUCCCCAAGAUAGGUAUCACAAAGCAUGUUGAGCUCUGUGACGCAUACCCGUGCUCUUCGAUCCAGGAAGGAAUGUUGCUCGCCCAAGCAGUGAUGCCCUCACGCUACAAAGUCCGCGCCAUGUGGAGGGCAGGUCUAAAUAACCAACAGGAGAAAGUGUGUAUUGAACGUCUGAAAGAUGCCUGGUCUGCUGUGGUCCGCCGUCAUCCAGCCCUCCGGACUGUGUUUGUCCCUCAUCCCCGAGAUAUCAACAAAUAUAUUCAACUCGUCCUGAGUCCUUCCAAGGCCGACAAUGCGGCUAGGGCUUUAAACAGCUUCGAUGAUCAGCCAAUGCACGGCGCAGUAUCAAAUUCUCCCAUCGCACAAAUGACAUUGCAAAAAUUGCUAUCAGGUGAAGUCGAUUGUCGGCUGGAUGUUGAUCAUACGGUGGCCGAUGGGCUUUCUCUUCAAAUCCUGAUGCGCGAUCUUGCAUUGGCUUAUGAUUAUCUUCUUCCUUCAAAGAGCCUUCAGCCCUUUCGACAACACAUAAUCCACCAGGGAAAUCUUUGCAGGGAAGAUUCAAAGGCAUACUGGGCUUCUCGACUGCAAGACUGCAUACCAUGCCAGUUUCCCACCUUGAAUAACGAAGAAAAUAAUAUCCCUGGCAGGUCUGCGAAUUUCUAUUCGAUGAAGAUUGAGCUUGAGGCUUCGUCUCGUCUGUACGACUUAUCGCACAAAUACGGGCUCACCAUGGCAAAUAUCUUUCAGGUUGCAUGGGCAUUAGUCUUGCAGACCUUCACCAAUCAGAAGUCAGUUUGUUUCGGGUACAUGGUUGCUGGGAGAAACUCCUUGGAAGGUAUAUGGGAUGCGGUGGGCCUGUUUACAAACAUGGUCGUCAGAACGAUCGAUCUCAAUCCAACAAACUCGCUGCUUGAUGUCUUGCAGGAGGCUCAGAAAGACUUCGCAGAUAGUCUUCCCUACCAACAGAUUUCUGCUUCUGAGGUCUUUGAACAUCUAGGCAUUGCUUCCCGCCAUCCAUUCAAUACCAUGCUAUCCUUUGUUAAUGUGAUAGAAGACAGAACCAUGUCGGAGAGAAGUCUACGAUUGGAGGCAACCGAUGUGUUCGAUCACUCCGAGUAUGACAUUGCCUUGGACGGAAUCAUGCAAGGUGAAAGCAUCACAGCCCGAAUCAAAUACUGGGAUUCUGUUUUGAACAAGUACCAGGCUCAGACCCUCGCAAGCGUGUUUCAACAGGCACUCAAUGUCCUGGCGACCUCUUCGCAGCAACCCCUAAGUGAGAUCUACCUGUUGAGCGACAGAGAUACACGGCAAAUCAUGGAAUGGAAUAUUUCUCCCCCAGAAACAGUCGACGGCUGCAUUCAUGAAUACAUAGACAAACAGUCCAAGACACAGCCACUUGCAUCCGCCGUCGAGGGGUGGAACGGUUCCUUUACGUACCACGAACUGUCGACCCAUUCCUCCUGCUUGGCAAAGCAUCUAGCUGAGCUCGGGGUACAUCCUGGUGAGAUUGUUCCGUUGUGUCUCGAAAAGUCCUGCUGGACCCCAGUGGCCAUGCUUGCUGUACUAAAGGCAGGAGCGGCGUUUGUGUUGUUGAACCCAUCGCUGCCUUCGAAACGACUUCAGGGUAUAUGCGAAAUCACCGGUGCCCGGGCUCUUCUCACCUCGAGAGAAAAUGCUGCGCUGUGUACAGAGCUUGGAUUGGAUUUCAUUGUGAUAGAAGAACAGCUUUUGCCCAGUAACUCGAACAGCACAAAAGAUUGGAUUCCCCCCGCAAGGUGUGGAAAGGACCUUGCAUAUGUCGUCUUCACAUCAGGCUCAACCGGUACCCCAAAGGGUGCAAUGAUCCAGCACUCGGCUUUUAUUAGCAGUGCAUUAAGAUAUGGCCCGCAUCUCAAUUUGAGCACGCAGACUCGGACGUUCCAACAAUGCUCCUACUCAUUUGACAUUAGCAUCUCUGAUCAUCUAGCCACUCUCCUAGCGGGAGGAUGCAUCUGUAUUCCCUCCGACGCCGAAGUGAAGAGCGAUCUGAGCACUGCAAUCCGGAAACUUAGGGCAAAUUGGGCGAUGAUUACACCAUCUGUUUCCCGAAUCCUGCAGGCUGGCUGUGUGCCCUGUCUCAAAACAUUGUGUCUCAUCGGAGAACCACUCACGGCCAGUGAUGUUCGGUCGUGGUCGAAACAUGUGGCUCUGAUAAAUACGUACGGCCCUGCGGAAACGGCAUGUGUGUCCCAUAGCUCUUUGGCGUUGAUGGAGGGAGACGAAAUUAAAUGUAUUGGCAAAGGUCUGGGGACUGUAUCAUGGAUUGUGUGCCAGGACGAUCCAGAGAGACUGAUGCCAGUAGGCACUGUGGGAGAACUGCUGAUUGACGGGCCCAUUGUUGGGAAAGGAUACCUGAAAGACCCAGAAAAAACCAAUGCAGCAUUCAUCGACUGUCCUUCCUGGAUGUCCUUGAUGCGUCCAGGGUAUCAGGCUAAGCUGUACAAGACGGGUGACCUAGUUCGCUACAUGGAUGACGGGUCCAUUCUCUUUUGUGGCCGCAAGAACACACAGGUCAAGGUCCAGGGCCAGUGGGUAGAGUUAAGUGAAGUAGAAAACUAUUCUCGACAAUGUUUUCCAGGCGCUUCUCAGUUUGUCGUCGAGUAUGUGGAAAAUGAAUCGCUCAUGGUCGGGUUCGUGGUCUUGCAAGACGGUCGCCUCAACAACAACACCGGAUCGUCGUCCAUUCUCUUACCAGACACGGCAGAGUUCCAACAGAGCGCUUGUCUGGCCAGACGACGGAUGCUAGAUCUGAUCCCAGGAUAUAUGAUCCCCGCGGCCUUUAUCCCUGUUCGUCAGAUUCCCUUGAGGCCGACUGGCAAAGCCGAUCGACAGCAAUUCCGCGAUAUUCUGAACGCUCUAUCCCCACGAGACCUGUGGAAAUACGUUGUUGGUGAGAAAGAAACAGUGAUACCUUCAACAGGUCUUGAGACAAAACUCCAGCAAAUAUAUGCCUCUGUUUUGGGAGCCCCGGCAGAGGUAAUCAGCGUUGAGGAUGACUUUUUUUAUCUCGGAGGAAACUCCUUGGCUGCGAUGAAGAUUUCCUCGCGCGCACAGAUAGACGGUCUGCAAAUGAGUUUUGCAGACGUCUUUCAACAUCGCACCAUCCGCCGACUGGCUCGAAGUAUAGAAUCCGAUGCACCUGCUCCUUUAGCUGAGAAGAUUAUAUCCGCUCCUCAUCCUGUCUUGGCUGGUCACGUACUCGAUACCCUUUCCCACAUGCAGAUAUCGGAAGCGGACUUACAUGAGAAGGAGAUAUACACACUUCGAUUUUCCGUGCAGAUCACAUCCGAAUCUUUCAGCGUCCAGGCAGCCAAUCUUCAAGAGGCUUGGCAGGCUGUCAUAGAUCGUCAUGCAAUUCUCCGCACUGUUUUUAUUUCCACUGGAGAGGAAAAUGCAUAUACUCAAGCCAUUCUCACCAAAGAAGCCGCACGUCACUCCUUGAAAAAAUUGCCCUAUCGGGUCGCCUUCACCCAGGAUACACCGUACGUCGUGACCCUGACCGGCCAGAUGAACCAUGCUGUGGGGGAUGCUGCCUCUACUGCUAUUAUUCUGGAUGAUCUGCGCCGCAUCUAUAGCAAUGAGUUACUGGAGAACCCCGCUCCCCAAUUCAGCCAAUAUGUCCAGUAUAUCGACGCUUCGUCUAAACGUGCGAUGGAAUAUUGGCUAGAAUAUUUCCUCAAUGCAUCACCUUGCCUCUUCCCACAUCAACACACAGAUAUUCGCGGACAUCUGCAUAGCGUCCCAGUGAGUAUAAAGAAGGAUUUUGAGGCCAUCUCUCGAUCCUGCCAACAGGGCGAAAUUACUGUCCCGACUCUGAUCAAAUCCGUUUGGGCAAUGACCUUGGCUUUUUGGACGCGCACAGAUUCCGUCUGCUUUGGAUAUCUAGUCUCCGGGCGAGAUGUGCCCAUCGCUGAGGUAGAAAAGGUCGUCGGUCCACUUGUGAACCUGCUGGUCUGCAGGCUGGAUUUGAAGUUACAACAUUCUCUCGGCGAUGUCCUGGGUGAUGUCCAGAGCGACUACGCGCAGUCCCUCAGCCAUCACCCCGGCAUAAUUCCAGCUCUAGAACAAUUGGAACAGGCAUUGUCAGGGCCUCUUUUCAAUACUCUGGUCAACCAUCGUCAGUUCCCGAGCCCGGAUCCGAAAUCCAUUGGUGACUCUCAUCUUAACUUCCGGACCCUCUCUUUAACUGACCCUAUGGCUUAUGACAUUGUGGUCGUUGUGGAUCAAGUGCCCAAUGACAUCAAGGUUACUCUCAAUUACUGGGAUGCGCGACUUCCAGAAAUCACAGUGGCCAGGUUGGCGUCCUCAUUUGACGCUAUACUGACAUUCUUCAUCACGAAUCCCCUAUUAAAGCCGUUGGAUGUUCUCGAGAAUUUCUCUUGUCUAUAG